UUUAACAAUUAUACUACAUUGUAGCGGUUAGUUAACGAUUGUAUCGAAUUUGUUUUAGAAGCGAUUUUAUUUCAACAAAAAGGUAAACAAAUCCCAGCAGUGAAAUGGUAACCUGCAAAUGGCUAUUGAAUUUCUCAAGAAAUUGUGCGAAUUGGCCAGCGACAAACAGACAGUUAAUACUAUCACAGAAGUCGUACACCGAAUUAUAUGAUACUUUCCCUAAAAUAAUGAAAAAUGGAUUGGAUGGAUCGAAAUAUUUGCCAGCAACAGAUAUCAAGGACAGACUGAAAAAGGCAAUCGAAUACCACACGUUAGAGCGUGUAUCGGUGCAAGGGCAGCUUACAGUGUAUGCUUUUGAAGCACUCCAACAAACCACCAACAUAACAGACGAGUGCAGACAUCAAAUUAACACACUAGCUUGGUGUGUCGAAAUGUUUCAGUCAUACUAUUUAAUCAUAGACGAUAUAGAAGAUGAAGCAAAGACACGUAACGGCAAGCCGUGCUGGCAUCUGCUACCCAACGUCGGCAAUUUAGCUCUUAACGAUACAAGUAUGAUGCGAAGCUUUAUCUACGAAUUGUUGAGACAAAACCUUAGUGACGAAAUGUAUAUCAAAAUGUGUAAACUAUUUAACGAAGCUCACCUGAGAUCAGAAUAUGGACAAUACUUAGAUUCAAUAACUUCAAAAAGCAGAAACUUCUCAAAGUAUGACUUGCAGCUGUACACUAAAAUAUCUGAUAGUAAAUUUACAUUUUAUUCUAUCAAAUUUCCGCUAUUGGUUGCCCUCACAAUGGCCAAUAAGUUGAAUAAAACUUCAAUUCAAAAUGUGGAUAGUGCAAUGAAACAUAUCGGAUGUUGGGUGCAAAUGCACAACGAUAUAUUGGAUUGGUGUGAUGAACUAUCGACUGGGAAAACGAAUAUAGAUAUUAAGAAAGGUAAGUGCUCGUGGUUGGCGGUAACAGCGUUAGAAAGAUGCAAUGCUGAGCAAAGGGAUAUGUUUCUAACACGGUACGGCAGUGAUAAAAUACAAGAUGUAGAACAAAUACUGCAAUUGUACGAGACUCUUGGAUUGCGAGAUGUAUUCUGUCAGGAUCAUCAAGCACGUUUAGAUACGAUCACCGAACAAAUUGAUAGCUUACCAAACGAUUCUACACCUUCUUCGAGGAUUUUACGUGAUUAUAUUGAGAAAAUUUAUCCAUUUGUUGUUUAUUUACCAGAAGCUUUAGAAUACAGCAAGCAAAAAAUACAAUAAUAUGGUACAAGAAAGGUGAUUUUUGUGGUUAAUGUGACUUUAAUACAUUUUUUCAAGUUUUUA